AUGUCGCAUCGCAAAUUCUCUGCACCGCGCCAUGGAUCAAUGGGAUUCGUCCCAAAGAAGCGAUCAAGGACUCAUCGCGGAAGGAUAAAGGCGUUCCCCAAGGAUGACGCCUCAAAGCCCGUUCAUCUCACCGCUUUCGUCGGAUUCAAGGCAGGAAUGACGCACAUCGUCAGAGAUGUGGAUAAGCCUGGCUCAAAGGUCAACAAGAAGGAGGUUGUCGAAGCCGUCACCAUCAUCGAGACUCCACCAUUGGUUAUCGUAGGAGUCGUCGGCUACAUCGACACUCCACACGGCCCUCGUGCUUUCAAGACGAUCUGGGCCGAGCACCUUUCCGAGGAUUGCCGUCGCCGAUUCUACAAGAAUUGGUACAAGUCAAAGAAGAAGGCCUUCACCAAGUACGUCAAGAAGUGGCAAGACGAGGAUGGAAAGAAAUCGAUCGAGUCCGACCUCAACAAGAUGAAGAAAUACUGCACCACGAUUCGCGUCAUCGCUCAUACUCAGCAAAAGCUGUUGAAGAAGCGUGACAAGAAGGCACACAUUGUCGAGAUUCAAGUCAAUGGAGGAACCGUCGAGGAGAAGGUCAACUGGGCCCGUGAACACCUCGAGAAGCAAGUGCCAGUCGACAGCGUUUUCUCACAGGACGAACUCGUCGACACGAUUGGAGUCACCAAGGGACACGGAUUCAAGGGAGUCACCAGCCGUUGGCACACCAAGAAGCUUCCCAGAAAGACUCACAAGGGUCUCCGAAAGGUUGCUUGUAUCGGAGCUUGGCAUCCAUCUCGCGUUCAAUUCACCGUUGCUCGUGCCGGCCAGAAGGGAUACCAUCAUCGCACUGAAAUGAACAAGAAGAUCUACCGCAUUGGUCGCUCAUGCUUGACCAAAGAGGGCAAGAACAAUGGAGCCACAGAGUUCGAUGUCUCUGAGAAGACAAUCAACCCAAUGGGAGGCUUCCCUCACUACGGAGUGGUCAAGCAGGAUUUCAUCAUGAUUCGUGGAUGCUGCCUCGGAACCAAGAAGCGCCCAAUCACCCUCCGCAAAUCUCUCUACACGCACACAAAGCGCUUCGCCUUCGAGAAGAUCAACCUCAAGUGGAUCGACACCUCUUCCAAAUUCGGACACGGACGUUUCCAAACCCCUGCGGAGAAGAAGACUUUCAUGGGAAAACUCAAGAAGGAAUUCGCUGCCGAACAAGAAACCAAGGCU